AUGAAGGUCUCUACCGUCCUUCUCGCCGCCACCAGCGCUGUAUCCGUCUCAGCGAGCCCGUCAUGGAUUCAAGGCAACCAGGCCGUGAUCAACGAGGACUUAAAGGUUCCGGGCGACAAUCCUCUGUACUUCUGCGCAGACCCCAAGGACUACAUCCUAGACAUUGAAAACGUGGAUCUGGACCCUAACCCACCUCUACCGUACGUCUUGCGAUCGGGCCAGACUCUCAGCAUCACAGCCAAGGGCGACUUCCAGAAGCAGGUCGAGGAGGGCUCAAAAAUGCACCUCACGGUCCGAUACAACAAUCUGAUUACCCUGAUCAACCAGGACGCCGACACAUGCGAGACGGUGAAAAAGGCAGACUUGGAAUGCCCAUUGAAGAAGGGCGAGAUGAAGCUCACCAAGGAUGUUGAUCUUCCUCAGCAGAUCCCUCCGGGCAAGUACAAUGUCAAGGCGGAAGUCAAGACCAAGGACGGAGACGACAUCACCUGCCUCACGGCUGAGAUCACCUUCCAUCGGUAA